AUGGAAGAUUCGGCAACAGGAACAGAAUUAUUCUAUUGGUUAGCAACACCCAACAGACAGUUGCCGGCAAGAACCUCGAGUAGAAUUCAUCGAGGUGCGCGAACGCCAGCGGGGAGCUGUUCACGGACACUUCCGCUGCUAUGCUUCUUGAUCGUCGUCCUCUUCGACGAGUUGACCGCUGAUGAGAUCAAGAAGUUGCUCCUUGGACAAAACAUGUUCACUAAGAUUCAAGUACUUACUUGCCUCGCUCUAUCAGUUGUUCUGAUCGUCGUGUUAGCGAAUGCAGAAGAAUGCAAAGAUGCGAAUCCGGACUGUGUAGGUCGAGACUACGUUUGCACAGAAUACAAAGAUUACGCCGCACAAUACUGCAAGAAAACGUGUAACCUUUGCGGAGGUGGCAAUGGAGGUGAUUCGAGUGAUUUCAUUCGAUAA